GGGAGGGAGGGGAGAGCGGGUCACGACGCCGCCGGGGCGGGGAUAACCCCUCACGUGGAGCAGAUGAAAGGGCCGCGGCGCGACUGCCGGGGGAGCCGAGCGGAGCCUGCGACCCACAAAGCCGCCGCCGCCGCCGCCGCGAUGGGGCUGUGAGGCGUCCGCCCGCGCUCGGUCCUCCGCCGGCCCGCGACUAUGCCCGGCCGCGCCCGCCCUCCGCGCCCUCCCGCCGCAGGACCAUGAGGCCGCGCUCGGGCGGGCGCCCAGGGGCCCCGGGCCGCCGCCGCCGUCGCCUCCGCCGCCGCCCCCGCGGCCCCCGCGGCCGCCGCUUGCCGCCGCCGCCGCCGCUGCCACUGCUGCUCGGGUUGCUGCUGGCGGCCGCGGGGCCCGGAGCAGCGCGGGCCAAGGAGACGGCGUUCGUGGAGGUGGUGCUGUUCGAGUCGAGCCCGAGCGGCGACUACACCACCUACACCACCGGCCUCACGGGCCGCUUCUCGCGGGCCGGGGCCACGCUCAGCGCCGAGGGCGAGAUCGUGCAGAUGCACCCGCUGGGCCUGUGUAAUAACAAUGACGAAGAGGACUUGUACGAAUAUGGCUGGGUAGGAGUGGUGAAGCUGGAACAGCCAGAAUUGGACCCGAAACCAUGCCUCACUGUGCUGGGCAAGGCCAAGCGUGCAGUGCAGCGUGGAGCUACUGCAGUCAUCUUUGAUGUGUCCGAAAACCCAGAAGCCAUCGACCAGCUGAACCAGGGCUUGGAGGACCCGCUCAAGAGGCCGGUGGUGUACGUGAAGGGAGCCGAUGCCAUCAAGCUGAUGAACAUCGUGAACAAGCAGAAAGUGGCCCGAGCCAGGAUCCAGCAUCGCCCGCCCCGACAACCCACCGAGUACUUCGACAUGGGCAUCUUCCUGGCCUUCUUCGUCGUGGUCUCCUUGGUCUGCCUCAUCCUGCUGGUCAAGAUCAAGCUGAAGCAGCGCCGCAGCCAGAACUCCAUGAAUAGGCUGGCCGUGCAGGCCCUGGAGAAGAUGGAAACCAGAAAGUUCAACUCCAAGAGCAAGGGGCGCCGGGACGGGAGCGGUGGGGCCCUGGACACACUCAGCAGCAGCUCCACGUCUGACUGUGCCAUCUGCCUGGAGAGGUACACCGACGGCGAGGAGCUGCGGGUCAUCCCCUGCACUCACCGGUUUCACAGGAAGUGUGUGGACCCGUGGCUGCUGCAGCACCAUACCUGCCCACACUGUCGGCACAACAUCAUAGAGCAAAAGGGAAACCCGAGCGCUGUGUGCGUGGAGCCGAGCAGCCUCGCCCGGGGUCGGCAGCAGAGGGUCACCUUGCCGGUGCACUAUCCCGGCCGUGUGCACAGGACCAACGCCAUCCCAGCCUACCCCACCAGGACGAGCAUGGACUCCCACGGGAACCCCGUCACGCUGCUGACCGUGGACCGGCACGGGGAACAGAGCCUCUACCCUCCGCAGACCCCCGCCUACAUCCGCGGCUACCCACCCCUCCACCUGGACCACAGCCUGGCCGCCCACCGCUGCGGCCUGGAGCACCGGGCCUACUCGCCAGCCCACCCCUUCCGCAGGCCCAAGUUCAGCGGCCGCAGCUUCUCCAAGGCAGCUUGCUUCUCCCAGUACGAGACCAUAUACCAGCACUACUACUUCCAGGGCCUCAGCUACCCAGAGCAGGAGGGUCAGCCCCCCGCCGGCCUCCCUCCCCGGGGCCCAGCCCGUGCCUUUGUGCCCGGUGGCGGCAGCGGUGGCGGCGGCGGCAGCGGUGGCAGCUUGCUCUUCCCCACCGUGGUGCACAUGGCCCCGCCCUCCCACCUGGAGAGCGGCAGCGCGUCCAGCUUCAGCUGCUACCACGGCCACCGCUCGGUGUGCAGUGGCUACCUGGCCGACUGCCCGGGCAGCGACAGCAGCAGCAGCAGCAGCAGCUCCGGCCAGUGCCACUGCUCGUCCAGUGACUCGGUGGUGGACUGCACGGAGGUCAGCAACCAGGGCGUGUAUGGGAGCUGCUCCACCUUCCGCAGCUCCCUCAGCAGUGACUACGACCCCUUCAUCUACCGCAGCCGGAGCCCCUGCUGCACCAGCGACGCGGGGGCGUCCGGCGGCUCGGGCCGGGGGCCUGCCCUGCGCCUCGAGGGCUCCCCGCCGCCGCUGCCGCCCGAGGAGCCGCCGGGGGCAGCGCAUCAUGGUGCUGGGCGGGCUGAGCCCUGGCCGGGCCCCACCUCGCCCGCGGGGGACCAGCUGUCCAUGUACAGCCUGGACCUGAACUACAGCAGUAGCUCCUCCCUGGAGCACAGGGGGCCCAACAGCUCUACCUCAGACGUGGGGCUCGAGGCUUCUCCUGGGGCCGCCCCGGACCUCAGGAGGACCUGGAAGGGAGGCCGCGAGGGGCCGCCAUGUGCCUGCUGCUGCGAGCCCCAGCCCCCGGCGCGGGGGUCGCCCCUCCAGGAGGGCUGCAGCCCCGCGGGUGGGGAGCCGCAGCCGGGAAGCUCCUUGUAUGGCCUUCGCCCCAACCGUUUGCCCAGGACAGAUGGGGGGAAGUGUGAGGGCCUGCCCUGCUGCUUCUAUGAAGAGAAGCAGGUGGCCCACGGUGGCAGAGCGGGCAUCGGCUGCUACACCGAGGACUACGCGGUGAGCGUGCAGUACGCGCUCGGGGAGGAGCUCCUGCCCGGCUGCUCCCCGGGCGCCCGGGACCUCGGCCAGCGCAUCCCCAUCAUCGCCGAGGAUGUGGACUCUGACUUGGGCCUGCCCCCAGACCACCAAGGGACCCAGAGCCUCAGCCCCUGGGGGCGGCCGCCGGCCCCAGACGUCCCCUGGCCCCAUGGCAGUCUGGAAGCAACCCGGGAAGAGGAGUGGGCCCCGUGCUGUCAGGCCGGAGUGCCGCUGCCGCCCGGCUGCCGUGCGGAGGAGGCGGGUGCCGCCUCUGCCAGCUUCCCCCGUGCCCCCCAGGACACUCAGGAGUCGAAUGCCAUGGCCACUGAGGCUGCAGGACCAGGACCUGGCCCAGCAGAACACAGCAGCCCGGGAACCUGAGCCCAGAAGGAACUCUUAUCUGGAAAUGGGGAACUGGACGGAGACUCCAUACUCUAACUUCCUUCAAAAAAAACAAAACAACAAAAAAAAUUUUUUUAGCUUUGACAAACACACAAAAGUGGUAAUAAAGAGAGCCCUCCUCAACCCAAAAUGUGAGCCACCUGUGGCAAAAAAAACCCACCCCCCCACCCCACCCCUGUAACGAACCAACAGCCCCGACUCUAGUCCUUUGCCUCUUUUGAUAACAUGUCACCCUUCAGUUUUGUAAAGUGUGUGUGCUUGGGGUUCCGAGGUGUGUGGGAUUGAGUUAUCUGCUUUUUCUUUUAAAGAUAUUAUAUGUAAAUGUAAAAAGUUAUUUAAAUAUAUAUUUUAAAGAACCCUAAUCGCCAACUUUUGCUGAAAAAGAGAAAAAAAAAGUCACUGCUGCAUUAAAUGAACCAGAUCAUGUGUCGAUACUGUUGUCUCCCCAGAGGGAGCUCAGGCCUUCGAAAAGCUCAGGGCAACACCUGCCUUAGGAACUGAACCAGAAACUUGAAGUAAAGCGAGGUGAUAUGGGUACAAACUCUGGGGAACCGUGCAAAGCUGCCUCUUUGCUGUUUCUCUGGCAAAAUCCCAGUGUCCGAACUGUGGGGACCUCUGGGAAGGCACCCCUCUCCGGCCCUCCCCCUCUGCAGGUUAUGGAAACCAACGAGCCAGGAAGAGGCCGGAGCCCAAGGUGGGGGCUGCCCGGGAGCCUGUCUGUCCCUUGGUCCCUGUCACAGUAAGGGCAGUGUUUCUGGGUGGGUGGGUGGGUACUCUAUCUGAACUCUGACCCCUGGGGCAGGGGAGAGGAGGCUGCACCCCUUCUCAGCCCUUUAUAAAAAUAGUCUGGGCUUCCGGCCCCUGACUGCAGAAGUGCUUGGACAGGGUGCAUGGGGCACACGCCCAGGAGGAAUGUAGUUUCGUGGCCUUGGUGUCCGAUGGGGCUGGGUGGGAGCCAUGUCCACCCCACCAGCCCGGCACCACGGGCGGGAGGACGCGUGUGGGUCCGUGUGGGGCAGCUACGCCCUGGCCCCGGGCUCGUGGGGUCUGCACUGAGCUCUGACCGAUCCCUUUUCCCGCCGUUAGGCCCUCGGCCUCCGGGCUGAAGGUGCUCUUGCGAACGUCUACUAUCGCGUCUCCCGAAUGCACUAUUAUGUACUGAUUCUCCAUGAGACCCAAGGGGAGGUCUGUAUAUCUUCCCAGCUUUUUGUGUGUUGUUAAGGGGGGGAGGGGGAGUUUAAGAACCCAAACCGUGUUUUUGUUUCUAAGAUGUUUUCAUUUUGAAAAGGGAGAAUCUAUUUAAAGCUAUCUCAGAUCAGGGAUCAUCAUCUUUUUUGUCCAAUGUAUUCCUUGUUCUUAAAAAAAAAUUUUUUUUUAGAGGAAACUAAUCGCAUUAGGCCUUGUGUUCACUAACCCUUCAUUCAUUGAGCAAGGGUUUCCCGCCAUCUGGGGAGCCUGGCCCGCGAGGAACCCAGGGACCCCCCCCUGGGUGGCCAGACUGACCCCCCGUACCCCGGCAGGCGCACGGGAAGGAGUCAGCCCAGGGUUCAGACCAGAAGGUUUUUAGUAAGAAUCUCGCUGUAUCAGAAGAAUUUUCCUGAAAACUUCAGCCUAGGAUGAAAAAAAAUUUUUUUAACUUAUUUCCAGUCAUGCUUUGGCACAAAGGAAUUCCAGGAUCGAAUGAUGGAGCCAUUUGCCAUUUAGGACCUGUUUGGGGGGGGGGGGUUCUGCCGCCCCUGGGUGCAGCCCCUGCAGGCUGGGCCCUGCGCACCUGUUGGCGAGGGUGUGGGAAGCGCCGAGCUGCUGACAUGCGAUCCGGGCCGCCUUUAUUCCUGGGGCCAGGAGGAGCAGCUGCCCAGGGCGACAGCUUGCAUUGCGGAUUUUAGGGAAGCAGGGGUACUUUCAACGGGAACUGCAAAACGCAGCUUCUCAUUGUUGAGAUUUUUGUUUGUUUGUGGUUUUGCUUUUUUGUUGUUGAUGCCUUUGAGUCGGGAUCAUCUGGCUUCCUUUAGCUUGGGCUGGAAGGCCACUCCUCAGUAGCCUUAAGCAGUAAAUGGAUGUGGCUCCCACUGGACUUAGUAAAACAAAUGCAUCCGAUUUCAAAGAAGCACAUUGAAUACUUAGAAUUUACAGGUGGCAGAAACAAGAAUGAAAACACAGAACUUUAGAUAUCAACCAUCGCCUUUUACACUUGUGCCAGCGAAGCAGACAGGGAGGGUCCCAGAAUAAAAUCGCCCAACUCUCCGACUGUGUCACCAUGGGAAUCGAAAGAAAAGUCGUCUUUGAAGCCAUCAGACUCCAAUAAUGAUGUGCGCUGGACUCGGAGUGGCUCCACGGCCGUGGAACCUGGGACAUUUCCCACCGAGAACCACCCCAUGCCCCCAAGUCAGGGUGUCCCUGUGGCCCACCCCCAGUCUUAGUGUAAACGGAAGAGGUCUAGAACCAGCUGAAAAUGGAAACUUGGGUUUUCCAACCCGCAAGGUACCUCCGUGUGGAUGGAGCCCGGGGGUGGCUUUCCGCCCCUCAGCCCCUCCCCUCUCCUCCAGCUCCAUCUGCUGCCUCUGCUCAGUGCCCCCCUCCACAACCCCUUCCUGCCUCUGGUCUCUCAAGUUCGUGCAGGACUAAUGCUUUUAAAAUGAGAUCUAAAGAAUAAUUACUAGUCCAGAGUACUGUUUUGUAAACAGAACUGCCUUUUUCUACUCUUUAUAUAAACUCUUUCUAUUGUGUUGGUCUAACAAGGCACUAUUUUUUAAUGUUUUCUUAAAAUUUUUUUUCUCCCAUAGCACUUAAAAGAUAUUUUGUAAAGACUUUGCUGUAAAGAUUUUGUAAUAAAAUGGUCUAAGGGCUCUUUUUUCCAACAUUACCAUUUAAAAAAAAAGUUUUAAAAGCUAGAAAACAACUUAUGUAUAUUCUGUAUAUGUAUAGCAGCACAUUUCAUUUAUGGAAAUAUGUUCUCAGAAUAUUUAUUUACUAAUAUAUUUAUCUUAAGCCAUGUCUUAUGUUGAGAGUGUGACAUUGUUGGAAUAAUCAUUGAAAAUGACUAACACAAAACCCUGUAAAUACAUGAUAAUUGCACACAGAUUUUACAUAUUUGCAGACCAAAAAUGAUUUAAAACAAGUUGUAGUCUUCUAUGGUUUUGUAACAAAUUGUACAAAUGACUGUAAAAAAUAUAUAUACGAUUUUAUCAA